GGCCGCUGUGGGACCUGGAGGAGGGAACCCUUCUAAGGGGGCAUUUGUUUCCGGAGCAAUAGGGACAAGCAGGUCAGCCUGUCUCUUGACUUGCAUUGGUUCCUGCUCAUGUAAUGCACUCCCUUAACCAGGAAAUUAAAGCAUUCUCCCGGAAUAAUCUCAGGAAGCAAUGCACCAGGGUGACAACACUAACUGGAAAGAAAAUUAUAGAAUCGUGGAAAGAUGCCAGAAUCCAUGUUUUGGAAGAAACAGAGCCAAGCAGUGGGGGUGGUUGUGGUUAUGUGCAGGACCAUAGCUUGGACCUGCAAGUUGGUGUUCUUAAGCCAUGGUUGCUCUUGGGGUCACAAGAUGCUGCUCAUGAUCUGGAAACACUGAAAAAGCACAAGGUGACUCAUAUUCUUAAUGUUGCAUGUGGAGUUGAAAAUGCAUUCCUCAGUGACUUUACCUACAAGAGCAUUUCUAUAUUGGAUCUGCCAGAAACCGAUCUCCUAUCUUAUUUCCCAGAAUGUUUUGAAUUUAUUGAACAUGCAAAAGUGGAGGAUGGAGUGGUUCUUGUUCAUUGUAAUGCAGGCGUUUCCAGAGCUGCUGCAGUUGUAAUUGGCUUCCUGAUGAAUUCUGAAGAAAUCUCAUUUACCAAUGCAUUUUCUUUGGUGAAAAAUGCAAGGCCUUCCAUAUGUCCAAAUUCUGGCUUCAUGGAGCAACUUCGUCAGUAUCAAGAGGACAAGGGAAGUACUGAGUGGGGCAAACUAAAGGAAUUAGAAAAUGGCAACAGUUCAUAAGUUGUAUUUAGAUGAUGACUGAGUACUGAUGUUUGAAUUGUUUCCUAUAGCUACUCUUUUCCUUUUUUAGAAGCAUAAAUGUGCAAAAACUUCCAUUUCUCUUGCUUUUUUCAAAGUGCUAAUGUAUACAUUGACUUUUAAAUUAUCUUGCUUUUUCUCUUGUGCUACAGUGUGUGAUUAAAGGACUUCUUUGCUUUGCUGAGGGAAAAUAACAAUGUAUUAACCACCAUUAAUUUCUGUAGAAGAAAAAGACUCAGAUAUGAAAUCUGUAUUAGAGUACAGAAAAGAUAAAUCUGUUGAGUCUUUUUUGCAUUUUUCUAUUCCAGCAACUAUUUUCACAAAGGAAAGAUUUGUAAUGCUACUUGCCUUACUAUUUUAGAGGAAAGUAAAUCUCUUUAUAAAGAAUCUUUUCACGAUUAAAGGGGGUAUUUUAAACCUCCCAGUGAGCUUACAUGGAUCUGGAAUCGUAUGCGAUAUUUAUAGAACGGUUUAACAGCUACAACAUUGUUACGCUCUCUUACCUACUUUUCAUUCUGAUUUUUAAAACUUAAUUCUAUUACCUCCCAUCCCUUCCUUCUCAAAUGUAUAUAUACAUGUUCUCUUAUGUUAUUGUGAGAUCAACUUUAAGUGACCCAGUCUUCAACACUGUGUGAGUCACACCUCAUCCCCCUUCACUGCUCGCCGCCCCUUGAUACCUUACAUCCUGUUUGGUGUCUCAUGUGAUCAUUUUUUGUUCUCCUUGGGUCAGUAGGGAAAAGUUUUGUAUAUCAGAAUUCCUCUUUUUGGAAGAAUUUUUUUUUUUUGAAGAGAGAUGAGUUGUAGUUUUGUAAGAAAUUUAAAGUAAGUAUUUAAAAGACCUGGAACCAUUUACCAUUUCAUCUCUGGUCAGAGAUUUUAUCUCUAUCCCCCCCUCCCCCUCUAUUUUGCAGUCUUUACAGUGGCGAGAUGGCCGGAGCGCUUGUUUCAGUAGCACGUAUACAUGCAGUGGCAAGGCUGAACUGAACGCCACACUUUGGCUUAAGCACAUGCUUUGAUUUUUUUUUUUUAGGAAAACUUUAAAAAGUUUAAUUAUAAUAAUUGAGGCAUAGAUUUUAAAAUAAGUUUUAAAAGCCUUUCAUAGCUUAGAAAAUAUCAUCUAUAUUUUAUAUGUGAAACUUUUGAGUUCUUAUUACUUAUACAUUAUGUAGAGAAAGCAUAUUGUACAGAAAGUUGAAAAAGAUACAAUGACCCAUGUGUGCAUUAUUAGAAGGUGGGCUUUCUUAUGCAAUCAGGAGAAAAUAGAAGUGAUAAAUGCAAGUUAGGUUGCUUCUAGCCUGAAAAGAUACCAUCCUAUAUGAAAAGCAGCAAAAUUUCAACCCCCAGUGAGCUAUUUUAGGCUGUAUAGGGCAGGUUAAAUUCUCUUAAAUAGGAGAGUGAGGUAUAAUGUCUCUGUGAUCAGCAUUAACAACGUUUUGCUGGGUGAACCUUCUCCAUUCAUACAAUAGAGUUCAUUUAAAUACAUUUUUCUUUUCUUAGAUGCUGUUUUGUUUUCAGCCAGUGAAUCUGACAUGAAGCCUUGAAUAAAACUUUUCAUAAUGGGCAGUACAUUAUAGUA